UAACUGAUCCUCACCAUUCGGCUGAAGAUGCCUCCGGCUGCCGGUGUUGACGAUACCAAAGUCCUGGUGAGAAAGAUGUUGAGGGAGCUGCUGAUGGGUCGGGAAGAUCCAGAGGGGUUCUUUGGGCUGUGCGUGUCCCUCCUGGGGCACCAGGACACCCGCUCGCAGUUCCCGGCCCUCAUCCAGCCCCUGUCUACGGCCAACAGAUCCCUCCACUCCACCCUCACCUCCAUCUACCUGGACUACUUCUCUCAGGAUGAAGAUCAUGAACUGGAGAUGGCCUUGUCUCUCUCUCUACUGGAUGUUCCAGCCCAGUAUUCCAGUGCAACCAAAGAGUCCCGAGCUCAGGGUCCUACAGACAGCCGUAGUCUGUCUGCAGGUAUUAUUCUGAGUGGCUCCAUCCAGCAGAGCUCAGCCUCACAGCCCCUGGGAAGCAGCUACGCCCAGCUGGCAGCAUCAGGUGGCAGGAAGAAACACAACACAGACUCGCUAAGGCCUGAAAAACUUCAGAAAAACACACAUUCAGACAAAGACGUGCAGGGUGGCACAAGUCAGAAUGUGUGUGUUUCCCAGCUGCACACCUCGAGUCCCAAACAAGACACUGGUACAGAAGAGGAUCGAUUGGUGCAGGAGGAAAGUUUGGAAAAAACAGAGAAGCCUAAACGCUCUAAGAACAGGCGGCAGCGGCGUAAAGGGGGUGGCCAGCAGGUGGUAGGUUUGCCCCGCUCGCCCUCAGGUCCGCCACCGGUGCUGCUGUGGUUCCGCAGGGACUUGAGACUCUGUGACAACCCUGCUCUGAUCGGGUCAUUGGAGUUGGGUGCACCUGUCAUUCCUGUCUUCAUCUGGAGCCCUGAAGAGGAGGAGGGGCCGGGGGUCACCGUGGCUGUGGGAGGAGCUUGCAAGUACUGGCUUCAUCAAGCUUUGUCCUGUUUCCGUUCGUCUCUGGAGCGUAUUGGCAGCCAUCUGGUAUUCCUCGAGACAGACAGAGAGGGGAAGGAUGUCGGAUCAUCUCUGCAGGCACUGAAAGAGCUAGUGGACGAGACUGGGGCAAGAACAGUGCUGGCCAAUGCUCUGUACGAGCCCUGGCUAAAGGAGAGGGACGAUGCCGUGGUGUCAGCUCUGCAGAGAGAUGGUGUUGAGUGUAGAAUGGUCCACUCAUACUGUCUCAGAGACCCUUACUCUGUCAGCACAGAGGGGGUGGGACUCAGAGGAAUUGGUUCAGUGUCUCACUUCAUGAGCUGCUGCAGGCAGAACCCAGGCUCUGGGCUUGGUGCUCCUCUGGACGCUCCUUUAUCUCUACCCACUCCCACCCACUGGCCUCAGGGCGUCUGUUUGGACAGGCUGGGCCUGGCUCGUAUGCCCCGCAGGAAGGAUGGCACCACGAUUGACUGGGCUGCAAACAUCCGCAGUUCCUGGGAUUUCAGUGAAACAGGAGCUCAUGCUCGACUCGAGGCCUUUCUUCAGGAUGGUGUGUAUAGGUAUGAGAAAGAGUCUGGAAGGGCAGAUGCCCCAAACACCAGCUGUCUGUCUCCCUACCUCCACUUCGGUCAGCUCAGCCCGCGCUGGCUGUUGUGGGAUGCCAAGGGGGCGCGAUGCAGACCCCCUAAGUUCCAGCGCAAACUGGCCUGGAGAGACCUGGCCUACUGGCAGCUGACACUGUUUCCUGACCUCCCCUGGGAAUCCCUCAGACCUCCAUACAAGGCUCUGCGUUGGAGCAGUGUGCGUGGCCAUCUGAAGGCAUGGCAGCGUGGCAGAACAGGCUACCCUCUUGUGGAUGCGGCCAUGAGGCAGCUGUGGUUGACUGGCUGGAUGAACAAUUACAUGAGACAUGUGGUAGCAUCUUUUCUCAUAGCGUACCUGCAUCUGCCCUGGCAAGAGGGCUACCGCUGGUUUCAGGACACACUGGUUGACGCAGAUGUUGCCAUUGAUGCCAUGAUGUGGCAGAACGGGGGCAUGUGUGGGCUGGACCACUGGAAUUUUGUGAUGCACCCUGUUGAUGCAGCGAUGACCUGUGACCCUUACGGCAGCUACGUCAGGAAAUGGUGUCCUGAACUUGCAGAGCUACCCGAUGAGCUUAUUCACAAACCCUGGAAAUGUCCUGCUUCCAUGCUGCGGCGUGCAGGUGUGGUGUUUGGCCAGAACUACCCUGAGCGAAUAGUCACAGACCUGGAGGAGCGGAGGAGCCAGUCUCUGCAGGAUGUAGCGCUGGUGCGGAAGGAGUUCGCGGAGUAUGUGGACAAGCGCACAGGCUGUGACUUGGUGCCUCUGCCUCCUCGCUUGGUCUCUGAGGCCCUGGGCUUGUCACAGAAGGGUGGGGGUGUGGUGACUACGGGAAAACUAUUCCUCUUGCCUGUCAUUACCCGCAUGGAAUUCAAACAUCAAUCAGACGAUCCGGAUGCAGAUGCGGCCUCAAAUCCCUACAACGCCGUUCUGAAGGGAUACGUCAGCCGCAAGAGGGAUGAGACCAUCGCGUUCCUCAAUGAGAGAGACUUUACUGCCAGUGUGAUGUAUGAGGGAGCCCAGAGAAGGGAGAGGCUGGAGAGUGAUUAUCGGAGAAUGGAGGGACUGCCUCGGCCUUCUGCGCCAAGGGGCAGAGCCAGGCGAACCCCCACAGCCAAGGACAGGUUCUCUAUAGUACCUGGAGGGGUAGUCACCUCACCCAGGUGACCUAGAGAUCAAGGGUGAAAGGUUAUUGGUGUAAAGGUGGCAGUUACCAGCAAUAAUCUAAACAAAAUGUAGAAAACAGGGAUAUUUACUCUUUGUGAAGUGCAUUGUUGAGGGGAAUCCAGGUAAAGCCAUCAUGCCUUAUUGAUUUUUCCAAUUAAAUCUAUGCCAGUCUCCAAGGAGAAAAUGUAGCUAAAGAAAAGCAGAUGAGUCAGAUGAGGAUUUUUUUUAAGCUUUGAGAAAAUUGAGAUGUGGAUUGUGCAAAGGGCUGCAACUCAAUAUCUGGAAGAUACCCCUGAUGCACUGUAAAUUCAUUGUUUAAUCUCAGUACAGAACAGUUUUUUUUUUUUUUUUUUUAAUAGCCCAACACAUUGAACUAUACAUGUGUAUAUAACCAGCCUGAGUGAAAAAAUGCCUAAUAUACUGGGAUUUGGGACUAUUCCUACUACUUCUCUUAACCUGUAAACUUUUUGUUAAAUGGGCAUAGGGAGUGAAGAUUUUUACAUCUUAUUUAUGUACUUUUGUUAGAAGUGAUACAGAAUAUCUAUCCAAAGUGACUUAAUGCAAAUCGGACUGCAGCCAUAACUGCAAACUUCCAUGUGUGAAAAUGUGACUUUUUACAUUAUGACACCAAAACGUCAUGUAAAGCUUCACCUGUUUUGUGUGAAACCAGAGAA